AUGCACCACCGGCCCCCUUCCCCGUCGGGAUUUAUCGAGCCCGAGCCACUCACAACAACGGCCUACCGCGCCCCUGAUGCCCGUUCCGUCUAUCAGGCCGAUUUAGCAACCGCGGGUUCUCGGUUGGAGCGGCCCAAUGAGGAAUUUAAGUAUACACCGGGAAUUUGGUCUUCUGGAGGCAGCACAGCAGUGUCUCUCUCUGGCAACCAAACAGAAGAAGACAACACGGUGCGCUCAACUAUUUCCCGCCACUUCCGAGCGGACAUAGACACCACACAUACCGAUAUUCCUCUUAUAAUAUGCGGGUUCGUCAGUGGUUUGGUAGACGGACUAUCAUUUAAUGCAUGGGGCAGCUUCUCAAGUAUGCAAACAGGAAAUACCAUCUUCUUAGCCUUGGGUGUCUCCGGCCAGCCUGCAACCCCCGCAUAUCUCUGGGCGAAGUCCCUGAUCGCCCUGGGCGUCUUCAUUGCGAGCAAUAUCAUCUUCAUCCACAUGCAUCGACUCUUGACACCACGACGCCGCUCAACCAUGAUAAUCUCAUUUGGCAUUCAGACUAUUGCCCUUUUGGCGACAGCAAUUCUUAUACAGCUGGAGGUCAUCACCCCGAAGCCCGAAGAUCCUCGGGCUCCGAUCCAAUGGAUGCAAGUCCUAGCAAUCUCACUUCUAGCUUUCCAAGCAGGAGGCCAGAUCUGUGUUUCCCGGGUCCUGGCCCUAGAUGAAAUCCCAACUGUUGUUGUAACGGCUAUGCUAUCCGAUCUCCUUAUCGAUCCAAAGUUGACUGCAAAGUUCAAUCCGAAGCGCAACCGUCGGGUAGGGUCUUUUCUCGCAUUGUUUCUGGGCGCUAUGACUGCUGGCGGGCUUUCGAAAACAACGGGUAUGGCGUCUAGUAUAUGGCUUGCCAUGGGCCUGAAGUUAACAGUUACCUUGGGGUGGUGUGUUUGGCGGCAGGAGGGGAGGAGAAAGAGUGAAUUUGAUGUGUGA